CACGCCUGCUGCCGUGCGUAAAGACCGCAACAUCAACAUGGACACGAGCUGAGGGAGGCUGACGUGAUGGAGCUGAAGUGAGCCGAUGUGUGAGGCAGGUUAGAACAUACAACGCUAUCUUGAAGUGUGCGGUGGGUGGAGUUAAUGCUGAGGAUGCUUUGGUAAUAGGAGAAGUUGUCGCUUUCACACAUCGAAGCCAUGCGUAAUAAGUGUGACCGCCGCCGGUGAGGAGGAUGCUAGAGCAUGAAGCAGGAGCAGACAUGCGACUGGUCCGUCAGAUCAACACAGGUAUGAAGAUCCAGGCCGGGGGCGAUCACAUAGGCUGCAGCAAGGUUGGGGAAAAUCAGGAAAACCAGGUCAUCUGUUUGCAGUGUCAGGACGAGGUGGUGCGGGUUUGUCCGGGGAGUCCGCGCAGUCCUCGCCGCGCCAUCGCGACGCGCCUCUCCUCUGGAUCCGCAGACCGUGAGCCCAGUAGUAGCAGCUACAAUGUCUCUUCAGGAACCUUCUACAGCUGUGUCAGUCAAAUCACCAUUGGGUUUGAUCUCGGUGGUCAAGUGGCCAUCGGGUUCUCCCACUGGAAGAGUCCUUUCCCAGAGAGCGGUCAGAAUCUUCCUAGUCCGGGCUGCGUUCGUUCAGAGGCCUCCGCCGUCCCGCCCAUCAGUGAGCAUCUCGAGCCGGUGUCCUGCCCGGCGUCGCUGUCGAUCACCCCGCUGCCCACCUGCAGCGUGAGUCAGGAGACACUCUGUGACAGCAGCACAAGUGUGAGUUUAUCUCUACAUGGGUCUGAGCCCCAGCGCCGGAGCCCCCACCGACGCAGAGUCCCGCUGCAGCCCUUGGCCUCCGGCUACCAGGCAGCGGACAGACCUCUUGCCUUCCCCACCUGUGGGGAGGCAGAAAUCAUGGAGGAAUCCUCAGCUGAAGCCCCGGACUCCAGCACUCAGGACGACGUGCCUCCCCUCGCCGUGAAGGAUGUUAAUGUGCAGCUCGAGAGGGAAAGGUCAGAGGGCAUCAGCAGCCCAUCCAGAGAUGAUGACUCCACCCUGCUGAACCCGGCCACCCACAGCAGCAUCCUUGACGACAACACAAAGUCUGAUUCUGGUCCCCCAGAGGGGAGGACGAAGUCCUGCGGCCUUUGCUUCAGCGAUGGAAAGAGCCGCAUUGACUACAUCCUGGUGUACAGGAAGUCCAGCUCACAGUCAGAGAAGAGGGAGGUAUUUGAGCGGAAUAUCCGUGCUGAGGGCUUACAAAUGGAAAAAGAGGCUUCCUUAACAAACAGUGACGUGAUCUUUCUGAAGCUUCAUGCACCAUGGGAUGUGCUCUGUCGCUACGCUGAACUCAUGAACAUUCGCAUGCCUUUUAGGUGA